AACACAAACAGCCUGCUCAGUCUAUAAGGUACUACAAGAAGCUCUCAGAAGGACAGUGAGGUGUGUUCAUGCUACAAGACUGAUCAUCUACCUCCCUCAAAUUUUAGCUACAUAUCAGUGAUGCAUCAUCUGUUUGUGCUCCUGUUUUUCACAGGAGUCUUUUCCUUCGCGCUGUCUCUCUCUCGUACAUACAGUCUGAUCCAACAGAAGAAAACAUGGAGCGAUGCUCAGGCUUACUGCCGAGCCACAUACACUGACCUGGCUAUCAUCAAAAGUACUGAAGACAUGGUCAAUCUUCAGAGUGUAGCACAGACACAACAAUUCAAUUCCAGUGCUUGGACUGGACUGUACACAAACAUCAAUAGCUGGUACUGGACCUUCCAAAAUGAGCUGAUGGGAAGUUUUACAUCCUGGGCAAAUGGGGAACCUAACAACAACUACGGAAAUGAGUUGUGCAUCAUUAUAUCUCAUUAUUCUUGGUAUGAUGUACCAUGUCUCUGGAAAUUCCCUUAUGUAUGUUUUGAUGACAGGGACAAUGCCACUGAGAGGUAUGUUUUAAUCACACAGCGUAUGACUUGGUAUGAUGCUCAGAGCUACUGUAGGCAGUAUCACACAGACCUGGCCAGUGCGAGAAACUCAAUAGAAAACUCAAUUGUAGGGAUUAUGUACGGUUGGAAUUGGACUUGGAUUGGUCUCAGGAGAGACCCCUGGAAAUGGACAGACCAGACCACUGAUGUGUCUGUCAUUAAGUGGUCGUCUGGAUCUGCUGAUGAUUACUCAAAGAAUAAAAGUUGUGUCUAUUUAAAUGGUGCUCGGGCUAAUGUAGAACAGUGCUCAACCAUACUGCCAUUCUUCUGUUACUCAUAUCCAAAAAAACAGCAGACCAUAAAAAUGAAGGUCAAGUCCAGUCAGGAUGUGAAUGAUCCUGCAAUGAUGGCAGCCAUCGAGGAGAAGCUCAAGCAGAAACUGAAGGAUUAUGGAAUGAAUGAGAACAUCACUGUGAAGUGGAGAAAGCAACCAGAUGGAGUGGUGUUUCACAAGGAGGAGGAAAAUAUUACUGCAGUGACUAACGCCAGGGACACGAGUGGACCCUAAAUCUCAAAUAGUGUAUAUUUUGUAGAGCAUUAAUCACUUUUAGUUUGAGGACACAGAGUGUGUUCUUAAGUAAUACUUUAACAGACCCAGAGUUAACAAUUUCACUGAGGAUGGUGUUGGAAUGGUUCUUUAGAUGAAAUCCAAAAUACUGGAUCUGGUAACAGCUGUUCAUCAGCAGAUGAGCCAGUUCACCAAACUAACAGCCAUGCUGACAUUUCAAGUAAUGUUUUAAUUUAUUGAGGUCUUUCAUUCAAUAGUAAGAAAAACAAAUUUUCAGGUUAUUCCAUUGCUUUAUAUUAACAGUAAUCUCUUUGCAUAUGUACAAAAUAUAUAAUAUAAAAGCCUUCUACACUUUAUGUAGUGCAGUAUGUAACCAAUAGAAAGGCUUAACUUGGUUUGCUUGCUGUAAAAUUAGCAAAUUUCCUGAAGUUUAACUAUUCUGGCUUUUACAGUUGAUUUGUUUGGAUUUGGGGUUUUAGUUUGAGCUUAAAGGCUUUAAUAUUAAUUAUUAAAUUAAUCACAUAAAUGACUUUAAAUAGAAUACAUAAUGUGUAACGGGAAGCUUCUGUGUAAUUGCUCUGUUGUCACAAAUAGUCCUCUAUAUGAUUAGAAUAUUUAUUUAGCUUUAGUCUGUCUGUCUUUAAAAGGAUACAUAAACUCUGAUAGACUUUACUACUUUAGUGCAUUUUGAUUGCAUUGUGACUGGCAACAGAGAUGAAGAAUUGAUCAGAUUCACUUGUCAAGUUUUUCUAAGCAUUUUAACUCUUGACUAUGUUUAAAGAUUCUGU